AUGGCAAAGGGCAGCGAGGUGGGGAGGCGAGUGAAGCUGCUCAUAGAGUUUGGGCCCUGUGCCCAAAUUGGAGCAGCACAGGCGGGAGGAUGGAGAGCCGGGUCUGGGAGAGAGAUAAGGGAAGAGGAGCCAGCGCAUAAAGGUGGCUCUGUUCUGUGUGGGAACUUUGCUGUGCUGGUGGAUCUCCACGUUCUGCCCCUGGGCGGCCAAGAGGACACCAGCUGGUUUACUACGAACCACAUCGAGGACGUCACAGCUCUGGUUCGAGAUGCCGUGGACCAAAGGGUUAAGCAGUACAAAGAGUCCCUCCACAAUAGAAGACUGCCCAAACAGAAAAAGGAGCUGGCACCUGCUUCAGCCUUUAUUGCGAGAGGGAAAAACUUCAACAUAGUCGCCAAUUUUCUGAAGCGCCACUUCAGCCUCAGAUGUAUUGUGAAGCAGCUCAAUGGGGAUUUGCGUGUGUUUCCUGAGCGCUAUGUUGUGUGUGUAAGCUGUCCAGAGGAUGCCUCAGCGCACCAUGGAAACCCGAGCCUGGCCGCGACUGAGCUGAGCGAACAAAGCCGAUCUGAAUAUUUUUCCAGAGUGGGAGAAACCCAAGAGCCUUUAAACAGCCCCACAAAAACAAAGAAGACUGCGCUUCAAAAGAUAGCCAAACAAGCUAGUGUCCAGCAAGAGCUCUAUGGUUCCAGUUUGGGGGAGCAGCAAAUUGACCAGAGAGCCUUUCCCAAAGUCCAAAGAGGGGAACGUGGAGCAAAAGAAUCAGAGUCAAGUCCAAAAGAGACAGAGACAGAGGCAGAGCACCAGGUCCAUUUCCUCAGUGUCAGUGAGGCCAUGGCUCAGAUUGGGUCAGCCCAAAAGCAGAGCCUGACCCAGCAGCAGCAGGCUGAGAAAUGUCCUCCAGACAGCAUCAAUCUAAAUGGGACCUCGGUAGUUUUCUGCCAAGAUGAAAUCAGUCGGGAAACCAGUAAGAGCAAGAGGUGUAAGCCGAGCGAUGCAGGGGAAGACCCUCACCCACAGAGGGCUAAGAGGACAUGCCUUGGAAGACCUCCAGCCACAAUGCAAACUCACUCCACUGAGUGCUCCACACAAACAUCCAAGCAUGACCUUCUUCCUCUGCCGCCCCUUCCUCCAGAAGAAGCCAAGGCAGAGUCCAAGGCUUUCCCAGUCUCCGAGUGCAAGAAAACCACACUGGAAGUAGAGCUGCUUACUCCAGGGAAACGGGCCCAGAGGCUCCCCCUCACAAGCAAUAACACGGCACAGACAAACCAAAACAGGCUGGCCGCAAGUCUGAGGGGCCUAUCUGUCAAGCCUGCAUCCUCAGGCUCCUCUAUUAGUUCCAGAUCCACACUCGGAGAGGAGGGGAGUGAAAAUGUGCCCAGAACCUCCAGAUUACGACGACUGAAGAGGUCCUGAGGGGGAGA